AUCAGACGCAUCUCUCAAUUGUCUAGUGAUUGCAUUUUACUUUCAAAUCACAAUUUCCUCUCAUCGCUAAAGUCAUCAAUGGCUCCGAAGGCGGCAGAGAAGAAACCGGCUGGGAAGAAGCCAGCAGAAAAAGCUCCGGCAGAGAAAUUACCAAAGGCGGAGAAGAAGAUCACCAAAGAAGGCGGAAGCGAAAAGAAGAAGAAGAAAUCGAAGAAGAACAUCGAAACGUACAAGAUCUACAUCUUCAAGGUUCUGAAGCAAGUUCAUCCAGAUAUCGGAAUCUCUGGGAAAGCGAUGGGAAUCAUGAACAGUUUCAUCAACGACAUCUUCGAGAAACUCGCUCAGGAAUCAUCGCGAUUGGCUAGGUACAACAAGAAGCCGACGAUCACUUCUCGGGAAAUUCAGACGGCGGUGAGGCUUGUGUUGCCUGGAGAACUCUCGAAACACGCUGUUUCUGAAGGCACUAAGGCGGUUACAAAAUUCACCUCUUAGGGUUUAUAUCUCUUAAUUCUCGUUCGAAUUGGUUUAGUUUUAUCGCUUUCUUCUAGAAUUGUGGUGGUAAAUCUGUGAUUAGUGAGAUCUUUGAAUGAAUAGGUUUCUUCAUA